AGUUCAGAAAGAACCAUCAUUGACCCAGAAGGAGCAAAAGCUCACAAUUCUCCUGACAGCAUACAAAGACUGAUCUAUGGGGUUCGCCUCUGUUUGUGUGCCCUUUUUGGGCUUCCUGGUGGCCUCUUUCUUCAUACAAGGCCUGGAAGCAGUAUCUUGUCCCCUGAACUGGUUUCUUUAUGAGCAGCAUUGCUACGGAUUUUUCGAGAAUAAACUGAGCUGGAACGAUGCAGAGACAGAAUGCAGUUCCCAUGGCAAACAUGCCCACCUUGCUUCCAUCCUCAGCGAACGGGAAAUGAACAGCAUAGCUUCUGCUAUACUCACUAAUUACGGAGAGGCAUAUAGAACCUGGAUUGGAAUGUACAAAAUCAGGGGCGGGAAGAUACGAAUGAGAUGGGUAGAUGCAUCCGUGGCGGAAUACAUGCCUUGGGCACAAAAUCAACCUUCUAACUGCCAAGAGAGGCAGAAUUGUGUCGAGUUAUAUUCCAACGACUAUAAAGUAUGGAAUGACCAGUUUUGUGAGAUGAAACUGUCUUAUCUGUGCAAGAUGGCUGUGUACUAAAUACAGCUGGAAGCACCUUGAAGGUUGGAAGCCAGAAUCUCCCUGGCUACUACAACAUCAGCCUGCUGACCCACAGAACAAGAUUGUGCAUCAGACUUUCUUUUCCAUGUGGUGUCACUAAUCAAUAAACUCUAAUCCAAGGGCAGAUUAUGCUUUUAAA